AUGCCCAAGUCCCCGUCAUCAAUGUCAUCGCCAACGUCGAAACAACAUCCAUACAAUGGCGAGAAUGGACAAGCCACGUCAGCAUCUAGUAAUACUCAAUCUAUAAUGUCAUCGAAUACAAGAUCCUCUCCUCGAAAGAGAACGUUUACUAUAAAGGUGCCAGCAUCUGCUGCAAACAUUGGACCUGGGUUUGACACUCUCGGUUUGGCCUUAUCCAUGCAUUUGACGGUGUCUGUUACUAUACAGGGUGAUACUUUUAGUGGUAGUAAUGCUAGUGGCGAGAACGGUACAUCUGCUUCAAAGAGUGGUAAAGCAUCUACUCCGACAUCACCAACCACACCAACAUCAAACACGAACAGCAGCAGCAUUACAAAUAAUAAUAGUGGUAUAGUGAUAACAUAUGAGGGAUCACGAGCAGAUGGUGUAUCUCUCCUCCCUUCCGAAAACAUGGUCACCAAAACCGCAAUGUAUGUAGCUCUUGCACACAACACACCACUACCAACAAAUAUGAUCAUACAUAUAAACAAUCCAAUCCCGCUGGGUCGAGGAAUGGGCUCAUCAGGUGCUGCUGUUGUCGCUGGUGUCAUACUAGCUAACGAAGCAUGUAAAUUGAAUCUAUCGCGAGAUCGAUUAAUGGACUUUGCGCUGGUUGUGGAGGGACAUCCUGAUAAUGUCGCUGCUAGUAUGUUUGGUGGGUUUACGGCGGGGUAUAUGAGAGCCAGUAUAGAUGAGACUGCGAAGGCUGUUGACGAGUGUAUGAGUAGUAGUGAGGAUUUAGCUGCUAGUAAUGGAACCAAUAGUAAUAGUAACGGAACUACAAGUAUAAAGAAACUAGAAUUCCCACUACCGCAACCCAACUUGGGUGUUUACAUGCCUCUAAAAUGGGCCAAACAAGCAAAGGCAGUGGUUGUAAUCCCAUCCUUUGAACUAGCAACCAAACUAGCUCGAAGUGUCCUCCCACCAAACUACUCUCGUGCCGAUGUCGUCUUCAACCUACAACGUCUCGCAGUCCUAACCGUCGCACUGGGAAACACUCCAAUCCAACCAACCAUAAUAUACGAAGCCAUGAAGGAUAAAAUCCAUCAACCAUAUAGAUCUCAUCUCGUACCAGGUCUAACUGAAAUACUGGAAUUAAAUCCGGAAUCGUGUCCUGGUCUGAUUGGGAUCUGUAUGAGUGGUGCUGGACCAUGUGUGCUGGCCAUCACUAUUAAGAAUCAUGAAGAGGUUGGACGUGUAAUCAAGGGGAUUUGGGCUAAUACUGUGGGGCCUGAUGGGAAGGGGAUUGACUCGCAGGUUGAGGUGUUGGAUGUGGAGACUGAAGGAGCUGUGGUGCUCAAAUCAUAG